CAUUCAGUCGUCACGUAUUGGUUCUUGUUUGUUCAUUGCGCCAACACAUGUUCAAUUAAUGACGAAGUUUAGGCAUAUGCCUGGUGUUCGAGCCGAAGAUCAUUCGAACACAUAAAUGCAUUUUAUUUUUAGACUAAUAACGCAAAAUUGGAAUGGGGCAGCAAUGAAUCAGAAACAUGAACAACAUGAUAAUAGCCUGAUUAACUCAAGUCAACAGAUACGACCUCUCAGAAUGUGAGUCGUAAAAGUUUGUGCAAACAAUAGUUUAGCUAUGCUAUAGAAUAUUUAAUUCAAAUGCAUGAUAUCAUUCUGCGUAGAACCAAUAACGUCAUAAGUUAUUGUAGAUUAUAUUGUUCGAUGACAUUAAUUGAUCGGGUUAUCGUUAUAAGAAGGAACCGAACUGUGAGAAUGGUAUUCGUGUCUUAGCGGGUGGCGAACAAUGUUGGCCAACAAAGCAGUGAUUGUUUUAUGCAUUUCCAUAUUCAGUGUAUCAUGGGUCCAAGCUAUUCCAGAUGGAAAAGAGGCGGAAGGACUUUCUCUUGCUGGAGAUUUUGAAAAAUGGUUCAGACAAAAAUCUUUGGAAGCAAUAACAGAUGACCGCUCUUUAAACGACUUUUUAUCAAAAUCAACGACUUUUACAUUGAAUAAUUCUUUUUCUGACGAAGGUUCUGGUCAGGAUGAUUCCUUCACUGAUGACUACGGUUCUGGUUUGCCAGCAUCGACUUCAGAAGAUGAUUUUUCGGAAGUGAUAUCACCAUUACUAGUAACUACUACGGAAGACUUCACUUUUCAGGAACCUGCAUCGACUUCUGUUGUAAUUAAAGAUGCCUCUGAGAAAAGUAGAAACGCUGGUCAACAUUCCCCAUGGGUGGUAAUUAUUGUCAUGUCUAUUUUUGCUGUUAUUUUGCUACUUAUUCUUCUCACUGUUAUAAAAAUUUAUUGUCAGCGAUAUAAAGUUAGUCAAGAAGAACAUGCUGCAAAAGAACCUUUUAUUAGAUUCAGUAAAGUAACUACUGAAUAAUAUCAAACUGAGGCUAAAUCAGAAUGCUAUAAGUUUAACUUAAGCUUUUAGAGUUGUAAGAGAAGAAUCUCCAGUGAAUAGUGUAAAUUAGUUUGUAAGAAAUGUUAAUAUUUAGGACGUUAAAAUAUUAUGUGAUAUCUUUUUUAAUCAAUAUACUAUUGUACUGAUAUAA